GGGAACAUAGUCAUACUGACUCAAGUGGGCAAAGGGCAAAUGAAAGGCAGUGGGGUUUUCCGGCGGGGGGUGAGUGGGCCAGACGGGGUCUUUAGUGACUUUUAUAUAAGGUGUGCCGAGGAGCAGGGAGGAUUGUUGCCACAAAAGUGCUUUCGAGAAGCUUUUGGAUAAUGGUGGAGGCACAGAUGAUGAUGGAGGCGCAGUACGUCCUCAGCCACCACCGCCACCAUCCCUCCGACAACCAGUGCACUUCCGCCAUCGUCAAGCACAUCAAAGCUCCUAUUAAUCUUGUUUGGUCACUGGUGAGGAGCUUUGAUCAACCCCAGAAGUACAAGCCCUUUGUUAGCAGGUGCAGCGUGCAGGGUGACUUCAAGAUUGGGAGUGUUAGAGAAGUAAAUGUCAAGAGUGGCCUUCCAGCCACAACCAGUACUGAGAGGCUGGAACUUCUUGACGACGAAGAGCACAUCCUCAGCAUCAGAAUCCUUGGUGGUGAUCACCGGCUAAAGAACUACUCUUCCAUCAUCACUGUUCAUCCAGAGGUGAUUGAAGGGAGACCUGGGACUUUGGUAAUUGAGUCAUUUGUAGUGGAUGUGCCCGAGGGCAACACCAAGGAUGAGACAUGCUGUUUUGUUCAUGCUUUGAUCAACUUCAACCUCAAAUCUUUGGCGGAUGUCUCAGAGAGGAUGGCCAUGCAGGGCCAGAAUGAAGACCCCAACUGAGUCGGAGUAGGUGAGUUUGGGGGUAUGGAGAACCAAUCCAAUGUAUACACUCAGACCAUUUGAGGCUUAUGAAUCCCAGAAUGUUUGAGAGACUGGUUGGAGCUGUUUUGUUUUAUCGUAAGUUUUGGAUGUUGUGCUGCUGGAAGUUUUUUUUUUAUCUCUUUCUCCAAUGAUGCUGGAGUUUCGGGCCUUGGUUUCUUGACUGUUAACUCUGGUGGCGCGUAUGGAACUGCAGUCGAUAUUCUGUAAAUAUAUCUGUAGGGAAGGCUCAGUCUUGAGCGAUCAUGUUGUAGCAACUGCUUUAAGCGUAUCAAGAAUUGGGAUAGUGGACCCUUGGUCUCCUACGCAGCUUUCUUGUGAGUUGCAUAUGGUGUCGCAAAUAAUUGCACGGCUAGUCACUGAAUUUUGUACUCAGUUCUAUUUCUUUAUUCAACUUUAAUUUGUUUUCACUUGAGCACUAUAGAUUAAAAUGUCAUACUCAUGGGCAGAGCAAUCUGUUUAGGGUCACAUCCAAGUAUCCUGCUUGCCUUUUUAAUAUGAUCCUCUUAAUAGUAGUGAAUGAAACCUUAAUGUUACUUA